AUGCAGCAGCAGAAGCAUCUAGGGUUUCCGAAUGAGGGGCCGGCCACGGCCCGAGUACGAAGAAAGGAAGCAGCAGGGAGAAGAAUUUCUCUCUGCGAGGACGAGAAUCCAAAGAUGCAGAGAGAGAGGCCAAGGAUUAGCUCUCCUUCGCUUUUGUUGUUGUUAGUUUUGGGCGAGAAAGAAAGAGAGAAGGAUGCUUGUACGAGAUGGUCACGCGUGAGGGAAGGAGGAAAACAGUCCACGCGCUUACGGCGGCGCGUGAUUACGUGGGCUGGGUUGAAAAGGCUGGGGUUGGCUGAGGUGGAGCAGAUAAAGUACGAGAAGCACUGUCCCGUUGUUUUAUUCGUACGUGGAGGUGACCUACACAACAGCGGCGCGUGGGUGUGA